CCAAUGUCAUACCGACAGAGCCUAAAAAAAGUCAUUCAAACGUCAACCAAUAAUGUGAAAUUUCCGUUGAAGCAAUUCAGUCGUAGUUUUUAGUGUUUUUGUUCCGAUAUUGAUAAAAACAACAGAUAUGACCAGGAAAAGAAGAUCCCAAACGGAUUGCAACGGCGAAAUCCCGAUCAAGAAACUCCGUUCGACCUGUUACUUCGAUGAUCUACCUCAAGAAAUCAUAGUGCACAUAUUCUCCUUUCUACCCGGUAUCGAAAUAACAAAAAACAUCUCACUCGUGUGUAAAAAAUGGAACCAAAUCUCUUCAACGCCGUCCUUGUGGAAGCACAUUCGUGCAGAUCAGCAAGUACCUACCAAUAUCCUCCUCAAGUGGGUUCAAAACUCCCCUCUACUUCGAGAAUUGCAUUUGUCACAUAGAAACGAUACUGACGAGAUUGUACGUGCUGUUGGAAAAAGUUCUAGGAACCUCCAGUUCAUCAAAAUCGUAGAUUGUUGGGGUUCUCAGAAGAGCAUGUGUAUCAAAAGCAAACAUCUAUGUGACCUGUUGAAAAAAUGUAAAAGAUUGGACACUUUUCACUUCAGUGGCGUCAAGAUUCUCUCCUGCAAAUUCUUCCAGUUGCUGUCUACCAGAAAAUGUUGUGGCCGUAAUAAAAGAUCAUGCAGCUACUAUGGACCAGUCAACAGCAAACAGAUGAAGGCUCUCCUCGAGUCCCUCAGCAAAACUGAUGUCUAUGGUGGCGCUUCAGUCGCGGCAGCAAAGAAGAAGAUCUUCAUUGACCUGGACAACCAGAGCAUGGAGAAUUUCGAGAGUCUUUGGAGGGAUAUCGUCAGCGAUGGGGGAGAAGUAAAUGAAAUUAAUGAAACCGAUGCCAAUUUGUAGAGGGGAUUUAGAUGUCGGAGAAUCUUGUGGACUUAUAUUCUUAUUUUAAGAAGGAUAUGAUUUGGAUGACGUGUACAUAUGUUGCAAUUGUGUAAUAUAACCUGAGUUCUCCGAUUGGAACUCAGGAAAUUAUGUGAAA